AUGGAGAAAAAGAUAGUGCGCAAAGGGCCGCUGCCUGGAGGUCGCCAGGGCGCGUCUGGAGCUGGCGCUGGACGCGACAGCAUGCGGGCCGCCAGCCGAGCGCGGGGUGUUGCAAGACCACCUAGCAGCCCCCCGCAUCCAUCAUCCCCACCAGAAGGCUUGGUGUCGGCUGGGUCUUCUCGGACUCAGCAAGCGGCACCCGCCGCUGGUGGAGCACGUCGCAUGCGUUGGUCUAAAUCAAUGAAUGAAAACGCACUGCGGGCGUAUUUUAGGGCAAAAGGGGAAGAAACUGGAUGUUUGGCGUAUCGGGCUCGGAUGCAUCGCUUUUUUGCAGAGCUGGAGCCAUCUCUAUCCGUCACUGAGCAAAACCUGGCAGACCGAGUUAGGUACAUCCUGCGCUCCAACAUAUUUGGUGACGCCGAACUCGAGCGACUACGACGUGAGGCUAUUCCUUCAUCGAAUGGAAAUGCUACGGCUGGGAAUGCGGCGCCACUAGAUGCGCAACAAACUGCAUAUGUGGAUGCUGCCAUCAACAUUCCAUUUGUGGCUAAUUCAGACGAUGAUGGAAUAGUCUCCCACGAACUAGAGAAAAUGAGGAGCAUAUUGGAAGAGUCGAUGCUGGAAACGCGCAGCAUGCCUCUCGAAAAUCGACCGCGACUUCCCCGCAUACCCCUUAGCAAGCGAAAUCGGGCUGUCGUGCGGGCUCUUAACCCAAUGCUGGUGACCUAUUUGGAAGCCAGCCGGGACCUUUGCGAGACGGAUUCAAUUCUUUUUGGCGCCGCACUGGCAGUAUGCCGUAUUAUUGGCGCCAAACUUCCCGUGGCUGGACGUGCUACUCAAAAAAGUAGCGCCAUCCCAGCCUGGAGAAAAAGAAUUGAGGACCGUAUCGCAAAGGCAAGGGCCCUUAUCGGCAGACUGACAAGCUUCAGGUCGGGUAAUAAUAGACCGAGGAUUAUGCGCACCGUUAGGAUGGCGUUUGCUGGGACAAAUAUCAGUUUGUUCCAGCCGGAUAUCACGCAAAAACUAACGGAGCGCAUAGAUGACCUGAAGCAAAAAAUCGCUGCUUGGGGGAAGCGGAUUCGACGAUUUAGCGAGAGGUCAAGGCGGUUCAACCAGAAUCGUCUCUUCCAGAGUGAUCAGAAGAGGCUCUAUAAAUCAUUGGAGCGACCAGAGGUAUGUGGAGCGGGCCCAGGACCGGAUCAGGCUGACACUGUCGCAUUUUGGCGUGGCCUGUGGUCAGAGCCCGUAAACCACAGCGAGGGCCCUUGGAUGGAAGUUGUGGCGAGCCAGAGUGCAAGUGUUACGCCUAUGGACCCCGUCACCAUAACGCCUGAAGACGUGGCUGAGGCGGUCCGUAGGGCCCCGAACUGGAAAAGUCCGGGGCUCGACGGGCUGCAUCAUUACUGGCUGAAGGGGUUCGUAGUGUGUCACGCUGUGCUCGCCCGACAGUUUCAAGAGGCUCUCGAUCAGAAGUCGCUCCCGAGCCUCUUCACUACUGGGAUCACUCAUUUGGUUCCUAAAGAUCAGGAUACCACAGACCCGAGCAAAUACCGCCCCAUCACGUACCAGAGAUUAGUAAUAAUAAGAAAUAAAUUGUUAUCUGAUAAACAAAUCAAAAGAAUAAAGCAACAAGCAGCUAAAAUAAUUGAAAACGAGAAAGCUGAGAAUAAUAUUUCGGACUCACGUUCAGGUACAAGAGACACCAAUCAUAUGACGGCGGGUAAUUCAAAUCUCGACCUUUUUUAG